CUUAAGACGUCCGUAAGACCCAGAGUUAGUUACAUACGCAAGUGCACCAUGUUACCUUUCGACGAGAUUUUGACCAAGUACCUUGGUGAGUUCGGUCUGUACCAGGGAUGGGUUCUCUUCCUGAUGUGCUUCGCGGAGAUCCCCGUGGGUUUCCACCAGGUCGCCUCGGUGUUCCUGGCCGCCGUGCCCGCCCACCACUGCUCGGUGCCCGGGCUCGUCACCAGCCGGGACUGCCAGCCGCUUCCACGGGCCCUGGACAUGAGCUUACCCUGGACCCAAGAGAAGAACGAGAGUCGGCAAUAUUCACAGUGCUUAAGGUAUAACCUUACAGAACAGGAAUAUAACGUGAGUUCCGCGGAGUUCUGGCAGACACACUCCCCCGAGAGUCUGUCAGCCGGCGGGACCCUCAGCUGUGACCGGGGCUGGGAGUACGACUGUGAAACCUUCACUUCUACUAUCGUCACGGAGUGGGACAUCGUGUGCUCUGCCAGCUGGCUGAAGCGGCUGACCACAGCCCUGUACAUGGUGGGGGUGAUGGUGGGGGCUGUGGUGUUCGGAGACUUGGCGGACAGGUUGGGCCGGCGCCCGUCGUACCUCCUAAGCCUGGUGAUCCAGUGUGUGUUCGGAGUGGCCGCCGCCUUCUCUCCCAACCUGGUUCUCUUCGUCAUCUUCCGCUUCUUCGUCGGCGCCGCCACGUCAGGAGUCAUCAUCGUGUCCUGCGUUAUGGUUGCGGAGUUUGUGGGCCCCAGUGAGCGGGUGAAGGUGGGCGUGUUCCGCCCGAUGUUCUUCGCGGUGGGAGAGAUCAUUUUCGCGGGGAUCGCGUACGGGAUCCGCGACUGGCGCAUGCUGCAGCUCGCCAUCUCACUGCCGAACCUGCUCUACAUUCCCUACUUCUGGUGGUGCCCUGAAAGUCCUCGAUGGCUGAUGUCACGUGAUCAAGAGAAGGCGAAGGAGGUCACACUGCGCAUGGCGAGGGUGAACAAGGUCAAUGUCCCGGAUGAAGCAUUUUCGUCCGAAGAUCCAGAGUCUAUCAAGGAAGAAUCAUCUCGGAAGUACAGUAUCGUGGACCUACUGCGCACGCCCAACAUGAGGACGAGGUCGCUCAAGUGUUUCUACGUCUGGUUCACGUGCAGUCUGGUGUUCUACGGCUUCUCCCUGAACAUCACGGACCUGAGCGGAAACAUCUACUUGAACUUCCUCAUCUCCUCCCUCAUGGAGUUUCCUGCUUACGUGUCCCUGCUGUACCUGCAGGAGAGAUUCGGACGGAAGAUCCCGGUGUUCACCUACCUGUUCCUGACCGGCCUGGGACUCAUCAUCGUCACUGUCCUCCCACCAGGCCCUAGUCGUGUGGCUGUGGCGAUGUUGUCUAAGCUGUGCAUCACUGGCGGGUUUCAGGGCAUCAUGAUCUACUCCAUAGAGCUCUUCCCUACCGUUGUCAGGAACACCGGCAUGGGUUCCUCCUCCAUGGCUGCUCGCUUCGGCGCCACCAUCUCGCCCUUCCUGUGGCUCCUAGCGGACUUUUGGAGACCUGCACCCUACCUGCUGUUCAGCAUCAUGACGGUUCUAGCCGGGCUGCUCUGCAUGCUGCUGCCCGAGACUAAAGGUCUGCAGCUGCCGCAAACUCUGGAGGACGGGGAGGAGUUCGGGAAAGGAGUUGCUAAGAAGAUGAUAGACACGGUUCUUACCACCCUCAAACUCAAGAAGGGAAACGAUGACGUGGAAGACAAGGUCCAGGACACAUGUCAGACCCUCAUCUAGAAACCUGGAUCAAAUCUUUGCAUGUUGUCACUAGUAUGUAAUUUAGACCCUG